AUGGAGAAUGGAUUCUGUUGGAUGGUUUCCAAAUGCAACAUAUUUGUUUGGAAUGCGGACACUGUAUGUCUUUGCAUUUUUUUCCUAUUUUAUCUAUUUAUUCUCUCUAUUUCUGUCUUUCCUUCUUUCUUCCUGUCUAUUUCAGCUCACCAUUCUGGACCUCCUGGGGUCCUAGUCGUUUCCGCAGAAGGGGUUGCUCGUCACUGGCCAUGUGUAAUAUCUUCGAUUCAUUACGAAGUAGUCAUCGAUCUAGCUAGUGAAGUAACACUUGCUGUACAGUUUCUUGAACGAUCAUCUGAAGAGACCUCGUUCCUUCUUACGACAACAUCUGGCUCUGUCUACCUGCUUCAUUGGAUCGCAGUUUCUAGACGUGGGCAGAUUCAGUGGACAAAAGUCGCGUCAGGGGAGACUUUUGGAAUUGGCAAACGUUUUUCGAAUAUUAUUUUUGGAUCUCAGGCUUCAAAUUCGGAUAGGCAUGUUAUUUCGUCUUCAGUUGUUUUUUCAAACCACUAUCUACAAGUUCAUUGUGUUGUACUCACUGUGUUCCAGCUUUCCAACGAAUCGUCAUUCAUAGGCCGCGUUUUCCUAUGUGUUCCUGGAUUAACGGCAAACUCAUCCAGUUGCAAACGAACAGAUGGAGUUGUAAUAAUAUAUCCACAACACGGUGACAAAAUUUCUGCUUUGAAAUAUGACCAUGAUCAUGCUGAGAUAUAUGCAAAACUCCGGUCCGCAGGUGUCUACGGUGGGGAUCGAACGCGCUCUUACCCUUUCCGGGGGCUAACGCCUAUUAAGCCUCUUCUCAGCAAAUCCAAUACUGAUUUCACAAUUUUGGUAUACACCUUUUUGAAAAUUAUCAUAGAUCGUCCAGGUAAGAAUGCCUUUCUAGCGGGGUCUUCUCUUGAGACAGAAUUGAGGCGAAAAAAGGUGCUAUGUAACCGCAUUGUGCUAUUUCUUAAACAUAUGGGUGUUUAUGAUAAGGUCAGCAUCAUUUUCUUCUUUUUUUUUUUCUCUGUUGCAAUUGCGCUAUUCGAUUGGGAAGUUACACGUGAGGAUCGGGCUGAGGUAUUGGAAGAAACCACUAAACGACUAGGCCACAUUAGCGAUGUUCACUAUGGCUAUGAUGCUACGGUCUACUGUACGGUGAGCGAUUACUGA